AUGGUGAUGAUGAUGACGACUUUUUGUUUGUCAUCGCCACGAUUGGCACUCAAAGUAGCUAGUGAGAAGCUUACAAAGAAUUAUAGAGAAGUUGCAUUAAAGCCGGCAAUAAAACCUAAGAACAACGAAAGACUGUGA